AUGUCGCGCUCCUUCUAUGUCGACUCGCUCAUCAUCAAGGACUCGUCGCGGCCCGCGCCCUCGCUGCCCGAGCCGCACCCCGGGCCAGAUUUCUUCAUCCCGCUGGGCAUGCCGUCCCCGCUGGUGAUGUCGGUGUCUGGGCCCGGCUGCCCGUCCCGCAAGAGCGGCGCGUUCUGCGUUUGCCCGCUCUGCGUCACUUCGCACCUGCACUCCUCGCGCGGGCCCGCGGGCUCGGGCGGCGGCGGGGGCGCGGGGGCCGGGAGCGCGGGCGCCGGGGGUGGCGGGGCGCCGGGGGGCGCCGGGGCCCUGCCGCUGCUCAAGGGUCAGUUCUCUUCGGGUCCCGGGGACGCGCAGUUCUGCCCACGCGUGAGCCACGCGCACCAUCACCACCACCCGCCGCAGCACCACCAUCACCACCACCAGCCCCAGCAGCCGGGCUCCGCCGCCGCCGCUGCGGCCGCGGCGGCGGCGGCGGCGGCGGCCGCGGCGGCCUUGGGGCAUCCUCAGCACCACGCACCUGUCUGUGCCGCCACCACCUACAACGUGGGGGACCCGCGGAGAUUCCACUGCCUCACCAUGGGGGGCUCGGACGCCAGCCAGGUGCCCAACGGCAAGAGGAUGAGGACGGCGUUCACCAGCACGCAGCUCCUGGAGCUGGAGCGGGAAUUCUCUUCCAACAUGUACCUGUCUCGACUCCGGAGGAUCGAAAUCGCGACCUACCUGAACCUGUCGGAGAAGCAGGUGAAAAUCUGGUUUCAGAACCGCCGGGUGAAGCAUAAGAAAGAAGGGAAGGGCACCCAGAGGAACAGUCACGCGGGCUGCAAGUGUGUCGGCAGCCAGGCGCACUACGCGCGCUCCGAGGAUGAGGACUCCUUGUCGCCGGCCUCGGCCAACGAUGACAAGGAGAUUUCCCCCCUAUGAGGGGGCCACCUGCCUCCCUCUCACCGCACGCCCCUGGCACCCCCCACUCACCAACGCAGCGGGUGCCCGGGGCCCAAACCCUCGCCCUGCCGUGGUCCCAUCUGGAGAAAGCCUUCUUGGGGCGUCCAUGCCCAGCCUGACCCUUCAAGUCUCCUCUUUGACCUGUUUGUUUGAUACUCCGCUCCAAGCGAUAGGUCUUUUUCUUUCUUUCUUUCUUUUUUUUAAUGUAAAUAAUCUAGAUUCAACUCAGCCCUGUCCUAUAACAGAGAGGGGGGAGAAAAACACAAGGUUGGUUGAAGUUUAGCACUGUAUGGGGGUUUUUGAAAGCACAUGUCCUUUCCCCUUCCCUGCUGUCUUUCAGAACCUAAGAAUACGGGGUUUCUUGGUUAUUUUCUGUUGUUGUUGUUGCUGUUGUUUCUUUUAAUGGGAGUAUUGAGUUGCAAAUAAUUUAGAAAAUUAAACCCUGUAGGUCUCGCUUUCUGAAAAUUUUGCCUGGGGAGAGAUUGGAAUUCAAGU